AUGGAGGUCGCAACUUCAAGUUUGAAAUGGCCAUGGCAAGCAGCGACUCUUCAGCAUUAUAAUAAUAGAUUUUGUCUCAAAGAUUAUCCAUUUCCGUGUCACUCUAAUCCAAUUGCCAAUACUUUUAAUUUCAAAAGACGUAUUCUUUCUUCUUUUCCUUCCAAAUUUAACCACCAUGUCGGUACCGAUUCUCCUUCCUCUAAGCCUUCUCCGAUUCAAACGCAUUUCUCAAUCUCUGCUUCUGGGUGUGGAUGCUCUUGGAUUCAGGACAACACAAUGGUUCAUGAUUCGGCUAUAAGUAAUGGGACGCUGAAGAAAUGUUCGGCGUUACCAACAACAAAUACAGUGGAUGUCUCUUCAAUAUCAGACCUUUUCGAAUUCAUAUGCUCGGGUCCUCUUGUAGACAAGAUUGGUAUUACUCCUGAGAAAGUUGGCCAGUCUAUUGACAAAUGGUUACUGUAUGGCUCACAGCUUUGCAGACUGUUUCAGCUUAACGAGCUUAAGCUAACGAUUCCUCAGAAAGCUAGGCUAUAUCAUUACUACAUACCUGUCUUUGUCUGGUGCGAAGAUCAGAUUGAUCUGCAUAGUUCAAAGUUUAAAGAUGGAGAUGAUGUACCUCCAUUAGUGAUUGGAUUUAGCGCGCCUCAGGGAUGUGGCAAGACUACACUUGUGUUUGCACUUGAUUAUCUUUUCAAAACCACAAAAAGGAAGUCUGCUACUAUAUCCAUAGACGAUUUUUACUUGACUGCAAAAGGCCAGGCUAAGUUGAGAGAAGAUAAUCCAGGAAAUGCACUUUUAGAGUAUCGUGGAAAUGCAGGAAGCCAUGAUCUUCCAUUCUCUGUCGAAACACUAGAAGCCCUGACUAAACUGACCAAAGAAGGCAUGAAGAUGAAGGUACCUCGGUACGAUAAGUCUGCCUAUAGCGGGAGGGGUGACAGAGCCGAUGCGUCAACAUGGCCUGAAAUUGAAGGACCUCUAAAGGUUAUUCUCUUUGAGGGUUGGAUGCUUGGUUUCAAGCCUCUUCCAGCUGAAGUUGUUAAAGCAGUGGAUCCACAGCUGGAGAUUGUGAACAAGAACCUUGAAGCGUAUUACAACGCUUGGGACAAGUACAUCAAUGCUUGGGUCGUGAUUAAGAUCAAGGACCCAAGUUAUGUAUACCGGUGGCGUCUUCAGGCGGAAAUCGCCAUGAGGCAGGCUGGCAAAGCCGGGAUGUCAGAUGAGGAGGUGAAUGACUUUGUGUCGCGGUAUUUACCCGCGUAUGAGGCCUACCUUCCGACCCUUUACUCAGAAGGGCCGAGCGGCUCGGACCCAGAGCGUGUCCUUGCGAUAGAUAUCGAUGAAGAAAGGAACCCGAUACUCGCAAACUGA